UGGCGGUGAUGGUGGUGGGGGUGAUGGCAGUGGUAGUGGUGGCGGUGGCAGUGGUAGUGGGGGUGAUGAUGGUGGUGGCAGCGAUGGUGACAGUGGUAGUGAACAUGUUAGUGGUAGUGAUAGUGAUGGUGAUGGUGGUAGUGAUGGUGAUGGUGGUGGUUGUGAUAAUGGUGAUGGCAGCGAUGGUCAUGGUGGUAGUGGUGGCAGUGGUGGUGAUGUGGUGGUGGAGAUGGUGAUGGUGGUGGUAAUGGUGUUGGUGAUGAAAGUGGUGAUGGUACUGGUGGUGAUAGUGGUGGUGGCGGUAGUGGUGGUGAUGGUGGUAGCGAUGGUGAUAGUAUUGGUGGUGAACAUUGGUGAUGGUACUGGCAGUGAUGGUGGUGGUGGCGGUAGUGGCGGUGAUGGUGGUAGCGAUGGUGAUAGUAUUGGUGGUGAACAUGUUAGUGACAGUAGUAGUGAUGGUGGUGGUGGUAGUGGUGGUAAUGGUGAUGGCAGUGAUGCUGAUGGUGGUGGUGGUGAUGGUGGUAAUGGUGGUGGUGAUGAAGGUGGUGAUCGUGCUGGUGGUACUGAUGGUGAUGGUGGUGGUGGUGAUGAUAUGGUGGUGAUUGUUAUGAUAAUGGUGAUGACGGUAGUGAAAGGUGCUGGUGGUGGUGGUAGUUGUGGCGAUGCUGAUAAUGAUUGUGGUUGUGAUAAUGGCAAUGGUAGUGGCGGUGAUGGUGGUGGGGGUGAUGGCAGUGGUAGUGGUGGCGGUGGCAGUGGUAGUGGGGGUGAUGAUGGUGGUGGCAGCGAUGGUGACAGUGGUAGUGAACAUGUUAGUGGUAGUGAUAGUGAUGGUGAUGGUGGUAGUGAUGGUGAUGGUGGUGGUUGUGAUAAUGGUGAUGGCAGCGAUGGUCAUGGUGGUAGUGGUGGCAGUGGUGGUGAUGUGGUGGUGGAGAUGGUGAUGGUGGUGGUAAUGGUGUUGGUGAUGAAAGUGGUGAUGGUACUGGUGGUGAUAGUGGUGGUGGCGGUAGUGGUGGUGAUGGUGGUAGCGAUG